AAACGAAAAAGGUGAUUUUACCCUAUUAAGGGUAAUUUUGUGCAAACGUCGUACAAACUAAGUUGACUUACCAAAAAUUAAAAUCCCACUUAACAAGGAGGGUUUUACCUGCAAGUGGGACAUACACAUAUAGUAUAAUCUCUGGAAAUGGUGCGAGGGAAGCAAAUUGGGAUUGCCAAAUAGUUUAAACAAAUACCAAAAAGAGCUUAAUUUGAUCUACUCUGUCUGCACCCCUAAGGAACUUGAAAUUAGCCUAUCGAGGCCUUUGCUUCCUCCAUGGCCCACAUACCCACCAAUAUGACAAUGCCACGUGUGAAAACACCGACACCUCGUAUCUGCCUACGGAGCUGUGACGCACCAUCCGACGUCCUUAACGGCACCGGAACCCCCUAUUUGCCCAAUGCAGCUUCACGUGCAUGGUCAUGCAUACAUAUUUCCAAGAGCCCUAAGUCUAAUCUAAUUCUCUCUCUCUCUCAUGUGCAUUGGUCCAUUGGAACAAACUUACUUCAUUCAUUCUUAGUACUCCUUAUAACCCUAUUCACAAUACUAUUCUAUAUGCACCUGAACCUCUUUUCUCGCUCCCUUUCUCCUAACUCUGCAACUUUGAGAGAGACAGAGACAAGAGAGAGAAAGAAGAUUGCUGAUGAAGUUUAUGUGGGGUGUGGAAUUAAUUGGUAUUAAUGGAGAGAGGAUGGAAACCUAACGUUGAUAUAUCUCCGAAUUGUCCGAGAUGUGGAUGUUCCAACACCAAAUUCUGCUAUUACAACAACUACAGCUUAACACAGCCUAGAUACUUCUGCAAAGGCUGUAGAAGGUACUGGACUAAAGGUGGGUCCCUCAGGAACGUUCCUGUCGGAGGUGGUUGCCGGAAAAACAGAAGAGGGAAGUCUUCAAGACUAUCAACAGCCACCGCCACCGCCGACCACGGUGUUCAGUCACUUCGGCAUUCCCAUGGAAAUUUCUUAGCUGAUCAUCACCAUAAUCAUCAUCAUUCCACUAUUACUACUACCUGUACUAGUGGUUCCUCACUAAUGCCUGAUGGAUCGCAUAUUGAUCUUGCACUUGUUUAUGCAAACUUUCUGAAUCAAAAGCCAGAGACCCAGGCUGACAAUAAUAUUAGGUCUGAAAUUCAAGAAUUUCAGAGUGAUCAUUUCGAUCCAUCGUCUUUAGAGUUUCCGAGCACGGGUCCUGACUUGUCUGCAGAAAAUAAUUGUGGCUAUUUCGGAGGAAUUGAAAAAUUUUGUGAAAAUCAAGAUGGAAAUAUUAAUCAUUUUGCAUUGCCACCACUUCCAGGGGAAGAGAUCGUCGUAGCCACUGAUCAUCAAGAAAUGCUAUGGGCGACGAGUAGUUGUGAUCGUAUGAUGAAUUGUCAUGAUCAUGAUCAUGAUCACGCCAUGCAAUUCGCAACACAACUUCCAUUGGUGGGACCAGAAGCACAGGAUCAAAACUUGAUAAGUGGAAGUUGGAGCCCAUUCGAUUUGCCAAUAACCUGUGAGAUACUUUCUCCACCACAUCAUGAUAAGAAGAUAUGA